GAUUCUCCAGAACCAGAGAGGACAAUGUUGAGACUCAUCCUUCUUUUAUCCUGUGCAGUGACUGGGCUUUUAGGUGCCUGUCCUGCCGGGUAUAAACCAAUGACCGCCAACAUGUGCUACAAAAUCAUAAACACCCCCACCAGUUCGUCAUUUGACCUAGUUCACAUUUGUCCUGAAGGAUACACAGAGAUUGUGAAGCCCAAGAUGUGCUUCCGACUCAGUGAAUUCAAGGACACAAGGAACUACCAAUCCGCCGUGGAUCAGUGUCGGAAGAUGUCACGUGGGCGUCUGGUCGACCUGGACACGCCAGAGAAGUAUGGCAUCGUUGCUGGAUAUUUGACCGGGUUGGGAGCCAAAGCAGGAGACACAAUGACAAAUAACUACCGUGUGUGGAUUGGUUUGAAACGAACCUCGUCGUCUGGGUUUAGAUGGACAACAGGAUCCACAAAAGUCCCCGCUUGGGGGAAAGGGGAGCCGGACAACGGUCGGGGGGAGGACUGUGGUCAGCUGAACAUUGCGGGGAUCAGUGACCUCUACUGCCACCACCAGCGUCGAUACGUCUGCGAGGUCCCCUUGUAACAGCGACGACAACGUCUCAGCACACGUGUACAUCAACCAACAGUGAGCAGCCACCUUUCUAAAUAAACUCUGCGCAGCCGAUGCUAUUUCAAACAAUAAAUGCGUUCAUCGAUCA